UACUAAUUGAAUAUCUCGUCCUUCUAACCUCUCUCACUCUUUUCUCUCUCGGUUCUUCUGGAGUGUUCUUCGUCUUCUCCUUGAUCCAAAACACCCAAACACGCCUUAGGGUUUUCCAAAUUCCAGAUCUCUGAUACAGUUUGGAGUAUUAUCUUCUUCCGUAGUGUGUUAUGGAAGAAAGUAAAAGGAAGAUCUUUGCGCAAUAUGCGGUUUUGCUAUUGGCUUGUUGUUUUUUCUCUCAGCUGUAUGCUUCUUCAGAUUUGAAGUUUUACGAGUCGUUUGAUGAAGCGUUCGAUGGGAAAUGGAUUGUGUCUGAGAAAGAGGAGUAUUCAGGUGAGGUUUUGCCUGGAUCUAUGAAGUAUUUCGUUCGGUUCUUAUGUUUUAUAUUCUGUAAUUCUGGAUCACUGUAGUUUAUUGCAUUUACUGUUCACUGUAUUACCUGUGCUACUUCUUCAGAUUCAUUUACAACUUGUUGAUAGAGUUUAAUAAAGGAAUCAGAAGGUUGAGAAGUAAUAAUGCAAUUUAAGGUUAAAGGGAGAAACAAUGUUUAAGUAAUGAUGUUAUAAUGUUUGAGUGGUAAUAGUGGAGGGAUUAGUUGCUACAAUGUCCUUGGUACUACUUCAGAUUUAUUUAUAACUUGUUAAUGGAGUAGGUUAGAAGAGUCGUGUCAAUAUGUAACACUAUAGCUAAAGGAACAAACAAUGAUUAAGGAGUCAUAACUCGUUUUAAUGUUUGCGUGCUAACUGUGGAAAAAUUAGCGAACUGUGGAAAAAUUAGCUGCUACAAUUUCCUUGGAGUAACUGGUAUAGUUGCUGCCAUGUGACAGGAGUUUUAGCCUUCGAAACAGCCAAGGUAGGGCUGCCUACAAUACACCCUUGUGGGGCCCUUCCUUGGACCUGUGCAUAGCAGGAGUUUUAGUGCACCGAGCUGCCCUUUCAUUAACUUGUUAUUGAAGUAGGUUAAAAGGAUCAUAAGAUUGAGAAGUAAUUAAGAGACAUUAAGGCCCUUCCUUGGACCUGUGCAUAGCGGGAGCUUUAGUGCACCGAGCUGCCCUUUCAUUAACUUUUUAUUGAAGUAGGUUAAAAGGAUCAUAAGAUUGAGAAGUAA